AUGGCGCCCGAAGACAGAGAGCAUAUGGCCUUCCUCACUGACCAAGGGGUAUACUUCUAUAAAGUUAUGCCAUUCGGGCUGAAAAAUGCCAGGGCCACAUACCAAAGAACGGUGAACAAGAUGUUCGCCCAUCAGAUCGGGAGGAACAUGGAAGUCUACGUAGACGAUAUGAUUGUGAAGAGCCAAAAGGCCGGAGCGCACCUUGCCGACCUAGCCGAGGCGUUCGCCACGCUACGCAGGUUCGGCAUGCGGCUCAACCCCACAAAGUGCGCCUUCGGCGUCACCUUCGGCAAAUUCCUUGGGUUCAUCGUACACGAAAGAGGAAUUGACGCCAAUCCCGAGAAGGUUCAGGCAAUAAUCAACAUGCAGUCCCCCCGGACGAUCAAAGACCUGCAGCGACUUAACAGAAGGCUUGUCGCCCUGUCUCGCUUCCUCGCUCGAUCGGGCGAUCGCUGCCUCCCAUUCUUCAAGGCGCUCAAAAACCCGAAGAACUUCCAAUGGACAUCAGAAUGUGAGGAGGCUUUCAAGCAAGUAAAGCAGCGACUGGCCAGCCUCCCCCGGCUCGCCUCUAUCUCUCCCGGCGAGAAGCUGGGCCUCUACUUGGCGGCCUCCCCGCAUGCAGUCAGCUCUAUCUUGAUCAAGGAAAACUCCGGCCAACAACUCCCGGUCUACUACGUUAGCCACGUCCUGGGUGGACCCGAGGGGCGUUACCCACCGAUAGAAAAACUCGCGCUCGCCUUGGUGCUCUCGGCUCGGAAGUUGCGCCCCUACUUCCAGGCAUACACGGUGGAGGUCAUUACCGACCAGCCUCUUCGACAGGUCUUAACCAAAUUCGAUGUUGCAGGAUGGCUCCUCAAAUGGGCGGUGGAGCUCGGCGAGCACGAUAUAAAAUACGUGCCCAGGACCGCCAUCAAGGCCCAGGCGGUAGCCGACUUCAUCACGGAAUUAACCCAGAUAGAGGACGGAGACCUCAAGCAAACCCCCGAAGCUUGGACCCUACACGUGGACGGCUCGGCCAACUCAAGGGGUGCCGGCGCGGGACUGGUUCUCCUCGCCCCUGACGGACGCUCGUUCGAGCGUUCCCUCCGCUUCGGGUUCAGAGCCACCAACAACGAGGCGGAGUACGAGGCACUCCUAGCAGGACUGAGGCUGGCCCUCGAGAUGCAAGUGGUCGCAAUACACGUCCUCACCGACUCGCAGCUCGUAGCCGAGCAGCUCGGCGGAGGAUACGAAGCUCGGGACGCGACCAUGGCGAAGUACCUGGCACAAGUAAGGGACCUAACCGCCAAGUUCCCUUUAUGUUAUCUAAUAUUCCGAGGGAGAAAAACGAGCGAGCAGACGCGCUGGCUAAGUUGGUGUCCAAGCCGACCUCCGAAGCGUGGCCAGAGGUUGAGGAGCUUCCUGCUCGCUGUUGAAGUGGCAACUACGGCCCCAGGCAGUGCGCCGAUCACGUGGGUGCAGGCGCUGCUGCGCUUCAAGCGGGAUGGAACCCUCCCCCUUGACGAAGCCGCGGCUCGGCGCCUGCGUCGUACGUACGCAUGGUACACCGAGGAGAGCGGGAGGCUUUACAGACAGUCCUUCACCUAUCCCCUCCUGCGGUGCUUGGAGCCUGACGAAGCCCAGGCGGUCCUGGCCGAAACCCACGAGGGGGUUUGCGGUGAACACAUUGGCGGGCGGACCUUGGCACACAAAAUACUCCGCCAAGGCUAUUACUGGCCGACCCUGUGCCGGGAUGCGAAAGCUUACUGGGGCUUGGACCUGCUCGGUCCCUUCCCACUAGCCCCCGGGCAGCGGGAGUACAUAAUCGUAGGAGUGGACUACUUCACAAAGUGGGUUGAGGUCGAGCCGCUGGCGACGAUCACAGAACGUCAGAUGAAGAAGUUCGUGUGGAAAAACCUAGUCACCCGGUUCGAGUUGCCCAAGGCCAUCAUUACAGACAACGGACCUCAGUUCGCCGGCAGAAGAUUCCGUGAGUUCUGUGCCGGUCACGGCAUCCAGCUAAGGUUCAGUUCAGUGGCCCACCCUCAGACGAACGGGCUGGCAGAGGUAACCAACCGAUCCAUCUUGGACGGACUCAAAAGAAGAGUGUCUACGGCCCGAUCGGCCUGGACGGACGAGCUCCCCAGCGUACUAUGGUCGCUGCGCACCACGCCCAAGGCCGCGACCGGAGAGUCCCCGUACAACUUGAUGUUUGGGACCGAAGCUGUCUUGCCACCCGAAAUGACUAUCGCCACCCUUCGGACAAGGAACUAUGACGAGGAAGUCUCGAACGAGGGACUUCGUGCCAGCCUCAACGUGCUCGAAGAGCGACGCUCCGAAGCGCACCUAAAAGCCCUCUCUUACCAGAGAGCCGUCGCAAGGGUCUACAAUAGAAAGGUACGACCCUGA